UUUUGUCUCAGUCUUUAGCUCUUGCGGCGCAGUGGAAGGUGACUGGGAAGCAUUCGGAGUCUUUCGUUCCCUUUGCUCCUUUUUUCAUUCUUUGUUCAGAGCCGGUCUGAAGGGCGGCUCCGUAGAUGGCCAGCUUUCCCCCGAGUGUUAACGAGAAGCUCAUUGGUGAGAGGCGCCCCCUUCCGCGGAGAAGGGAAAAGGGAUUGCUUAUUGCUGAUUAUGUUUAUUAAUAAUGCUAAUAAUAAUAGGAUCGAAAAGGUGGCAAAGGAGGGGAGGAAGAUGGCUCAGAGGCGUUGGCUAUGCCUCGUGCGUCGUGAAAACGCUCGUUGGCAGCCGAAUUGCAGGGCUUGCUUUGAAAGAUGCUAUAGGACUGCUCUUAAGUGGGUUGCAUCCAGCGCGAUUCCUUACUCGGAGUAGACCCAUUGAAAUGAAUGGGCAUGUCAGAAUCGGGUCACUUGGUUUCGAGGGAUCUGCGGCGAGUAAGCCUAACGUUGGCUGCAACCCCAGGUUUGCAAGGGAUCAAGUAAAACAUUAGUAAAGGGAGGGUACGGGAACAUGCAUAAAACUGGCUUGCGAGCAAAUGAUUUUCCUUAUACAAAAUAAAACGAGCACGUCGUUCCUGUUGCCUUUCUGCACAAUUCGUUGGAAGUUGCUUAUGCCCGCUCGUGUACAGUUUUGCAUAUGUGGCUUAAGCUUGGAAUAGGCCCAAUAUAGGAAGAAAUGAGGGCUGCUGGAAAAAAACGUGGGGUUGAAGGAGAGCAUCUUGGUUGUUGGGGAUGUACGUAAUCAUGGCGGUGUGCUAUUAAUAGCAGUGUGAUUUGGUGUGCUAAAUUACGUACACCUUGCUUUUGUUGUGUCUUUUGGGACGGGCUUAGCAAGUUAUGAAUGCCAUUAACGAAAUUAUAGGGGAGACAGUUACAGGGCAGGCUCUCGCAGGCUGCUUUGUUAGUCCUACGUAAGAGUAGACUCAUUUAAGUUAAUGGGCAUGACUGACUUGAUUUCAAUGGGUCUCUUCUGAGUAGAACUGAAUUGGACAGAGCCCAAUGAAAUCCAUAAGCCUCAGCGCCCCCCCCCCCCCGCUCGUGGCAUGUUCCAAUUUUAAUUACUUGUGACCACCUCCUUCCUACAGCCUUCUAAAAACAGUAGCUUAAGGGUGCUGGGUUUCCCCUCAACCUUUUCACUCCUCUGUAAUUUGAGAGUUGUGUGGUGGGUAUGGCUGUUGCAUUUGGAGGCAGCAUAGAAGCAUUUGACAUAGCACUGGAGAAGUAGAUUAUAAAGUGGAUCCGGUUGGGUGUGGUUGGGGCUGGGCGGUGGUGAUAGAGCAGCCUAAAGAACUUUAGGAGAGCAGGAGGGUGACAGGCAAAAUAGAAAAACAAGUGUUGCUAAAUCUGAGACAAAAGCUGGCUGUGGGCAAGCGACUAGAUUUAUAAUCAGGAGUGGGGAUCCUGUAGCCCAGCCCCAACUUCUCUUAUCUCUAGGGCUGAGGGGAGUUGGGAGCCCCUCACCUUUUGUUGGGCUUCAGGUUCCCCACUUCCUGGUGUGCAGGAGAGACAUUGUAAGGUCUCCAGCUUAGGGAGAUGCCAUUGCGUUUUAUCCGGGUGCAUGUUUUGUGUGUAGACUGCUCAAAACUUUCCAGAAGAUUAUAAAACGAUAUACUGGGUGUAGCCUGUGAUAAUCAUCUCUGAUAACGAGGAAUAAAACAGCGCACACAUUUUGGCUCGUGGGAUAACCUCAAGGAAGCUCUUGUUUCCUCAGAAUGAGAGGUGCUUUUUUGUUAGACACUGAGGAAGGAUCUAGUGGUGACUUGGGGGGGGUGGCGGAAUCUGGUUAUAGAGAUUUUAAACAAUUCCUUCAAUGCUUUCAGUGGUUGUGAGAGUACAGAAAGUUGCAAAAUGAUUUUUUUAAAUAAAGCAUAGAGAGCAGGACUGUAAUGUAAAUUGUUUGCAUGCAAUUUCCUUCUGGUUUGACCGAGGAGUUAGGGGAGUAUUUCAAAGCCCAAAAGAGGAACAAGUCUGUUCCGCAUUGAAAUUCUUUUGCAGUUAGUUGUACAUCUGCACGGGCUUGCAGUGUGAGUGACUCUGGUUGGAAGUUGUGUUACAAGUCAGAACUGCUGCGUGUCAGGUGAAUUUUUUCUUCUCCCUUCCCUGCUUUUCCCUCCUUUUUUGGGGGUGGGGUGUCAGCCUGGAACCUUCCACCCCUUCACUCAUCCCAAAUUAAGUGAAAGAAAUGGAGGAGAAAUUCUUGCUGGUAAUACAAGACGCCCAAAUUAUCUCGCUAAUUUGCAAUGCACUUAAAAUGUGGAUUAUUUUUUUUACCAUGUCGUCUUUCCCCCCCUUUUUUUAAAGAGACCUAUGGGUCACCAAAUAAGGGUAGGUUUUCAGCUUUAGGGUUUGCUUGCUUAUUGCCUUUUUGGGCAUGGCUAGCACUGCUGCCAUUAUGUAUGCUGAGUUUCUCAUGUACACAGCCCCCUCUCCCCCUCCUCCAUUUACAUAUGCAAGUGGAGCUCAGUGGGGAAUGAGUUACCCUGCCUGUAAUGUUCAUUUACCCUGCACUAAGGGAUUACUGACCCUGUAUUAACUGAAAACAAGCUCCCUUCUAUCUUGAUUCUCAUCUGUUUUAUGUUCUGUUUGUAGUGCGAUAUUUGGGUUGAAAGAGAAGCAAACUUGGAUUCUCAAGCUCCUCCUCCCUUGUUGCAGUGAAAGAAACUUCUGUGUGUCCACAGGGGGAGUACACAUUUAGUGGAGGAAAAUAAAUGAUAGGUUACUUUUAGUGUCAUCUUUUUAAAAUGUCUGUGGAACCAGUGAAGGCUGUGCAUACUUGGAUGAUGAUGUAAGGCAGGGGAAUAAUUCCACUACAUUUUUUUCCAGUGGUGACUUCCAUUUCUGCAAAUGCAUUGUUUUGUAAAAUUGGGAAACAAGAUGUUAACCGGAAAAGUUAUUUCUUAUUCUAUAUACAUUUUAUUUAUGAUUUUCUGUUUUAUUUCUUGUAACUAAGAAAUAGAGCGUGAGUUUACUUUUCUCCUCCUCACUCCCAAUCUUUCCCCCCUCUUGUCUUUUUUAGAUGUGUAAGCUGGAGGUCAGUCUUUUCAUUGACAUAUGUAACUAACCUGCUUUGGGGACCCCCCCUUUUUUUUUUUGGCAGCAGAAAUACUUUAAAGAAGUAAAAUGCCAGUCAGAUGAAGGCAGUUUCUAUUUUUGUAAUUAGCUUUCCCCCUCCCCAAGCGGCUGAGUAUUUAUCAGCCCCUCACUGAAACAAAUCUAUUUGUAAAUGGGAUAGCAUGAGUGAAUGGUAAAUCAGAUUAGACAUAAUUCAAGAAUGCUAAAUAGAUACCUAGUCAGUUUUGUGCUCGGGGGGGGGUGAUCCCCCCCAAAGUCAAGUGCUGUAGGAAGCCUCACUUGAACAGUGGGGAUUACUUUUGAGCAAAGGUUCAUAGGAUUGGCCUGCACAGAAACUCAGGCUUAGGGAUAGUAAGAGAAUUCAAUGCUUUUAGACUAAAGUGGGUGUAAGUGGAGCCAUCCUUUCUUUGGUUUACUGAAAAGGGUCAGGCGUAAACCCUCUUGAAUCAGAGCUAGGCUUCCUUUAGUAGAUACUAUUGUGAAGUUUGUGCUUGUGUGUAGACACAGGUUCUGCACAUGCUUCUCCAUUUGUCAUCUGCAGGCGUAUAAAGACAGGAAGUGCUUUUUAAAAAUCUAGGCUACGUCAAGACAGACUUGAUAUUUUGUGUGUGUGUGUCGAAAAUACCAGCAAGAACUCUCUUACAAAGCAGCACUUCUCAAAGUGUGGGUCCUAAUGUGUUCCUGGGUGGGGGCUUGGUAUGAUCAAGAGCAGGAAUGGAGACCUGUGGCUCUCCAGAUGUUGGACUCCAACUCCCAUCAACCCCCACCAGCAUGGCUAGUGGGUUAAGAAUUAUGGGAGUUGUAGUUGAACAACUUCUAGAGGACUGCACAUUUCCCAUCCUUAUUCUAUAGAGAUGCUACAGUUGUGAUUAGUUUAGAUAACCUUCACACUCCUAGGAUGCUAUGAUUCCUUCCAUUUCAAUUGACUUUUUCCCUUUCACUAAACCAGCAGCACUUCAUUCCUGACUUUUAACAAGUCACCUCCCUCUGUCAUCCUUAAAUUCCAUUCAGAUGAAUGCUGUGUUGAUCAAUCAAUAGUAAAAAUCAAAACGUAUUCACUGUUGACUACUGAUGCGAUUAUUCAGUAGCAAGGGUUCAAAAGAGUGGAGUUGGAAACAUGUUGAAUUUCUGGUUCAUGCUUACAAAUGGUGCGUUCUCUUUUUAGGAAGAUCACGGACAGUGGGAGAACUUUUAGCCCCAGCUUCUCCUUUCGACAAAAAGUGUGGGCGUGAAAACUGGACGGUUGCCUUUGCUCCAGAUGGCUCCUACUUCGCUUGGUCACAAGGCCAUCGCAUAGUAAAACUUGUUCCUUGGUCUCAGUGCCUGAAUAAUUUGUGAGUACAGCCUGUUUUGAAAAUAGCUUUGUUUCUGUUUGUCGUGUGUUCUUUACAAAAAUCUCUGAAAACAGUUUGUGUUGAAAGCAGUUUUUUAAAGUUAACAGACGGUCUUCCUACUUGAAAACAAAUUGUGUCAUUUCAAAAUAAUUGGUUUUGCAAGUCUGUGGUCCUCCAGAUGGUGCUGAACUCUAUAAGGAAAAGAGCCUGCAAGAUCAGGCCAACUGCCCAUCUAGUCUAGCAUGCUGUUCUCACAGUGGCCAACCAGCUCCCUCUGGGAAGCCUGAAAGCAUCCGCACCCUCUCCAAUUGCAAUGGACAGACAUUCAUUAUCCAACAGGGGAGGUAGAAUUUCAACUCUCCAACCCUCAUGAACCCAGUUAGCACAGCUGAUCAUCAAGGAUGAUGGGUGUAGUAGCGAGAAAACCACAGGUUGAUUACCCUGUGCUAAGCCAUGGCUUAGUGUGAUAUGUGUAUACAUGCCCUCCCUGCUCAUGCAACUGGGAGAAAGCUUUUGUUUUCCCUUAAUCAUGAUUUGUCAUGCCAUCGGAUAUAACAAACAGAUUAAUUUCCAACCAGACAGCUUCAAAUUGUGGUUUCUGAAGCUGGCCAAAAGUGGAAGCUUCUAGAUGCGUAAUUUCAGAAGUGCAGAUGGAUAGGCAGAGCGCAUGAGCCUAAAGCUUGCUGCAACUCAAUCAUGGUUUAGCGUGCCAUGUGUAAGCAUAGAAUGCAAACCAGAGGUGUCGAAACAAUUUGUUCAGUCUGCUUUUUAGGAGGAACGACCCAAUCAGUGCUAUUUAAGUUGCUUGCAAGUUGGAACGCAACUCCCAGUUGAACUGUGCACAUCUUCAGAUUUUGCUGUGCGGUUUCUGUACUCAGAAGUUACACACGCAAUAUUUUACGUGCAAAGUGUGUGUUUUAUGGGGAAAUGCACUGACAAAUGCAUAUUCCAUGCCAGUAUACAAUUUAAAAGCAGGCUUUUCACGUGUCAUUUCAAAAACCCAUGUUUUCAGAGCAGUCCUUUGCAGAUUAACUCUUAAGUUCCAUGGGAUCUACUCUCAGGCCACUAAAUGUGCAUACCAUGCCAGCCUUAGGAAGGGAGGUGUCCAUGGUAGAGACUGUACAAACCAUACUUCAUUUUGAUGGUAACAGGGGUGGGGGUUGGAUUAGAUGACCCUGGGGUCUCUUCUAUGAUUCUGUGAAUCCAGAAGCAUUGCUGCCUCUCAGUGUUGAGGCAGAACAUGAGAGCAUGGCCAUCGUGGUUAGUAGCCAAUCAACAGCCCUCUCCUCCUCCAUGAAUUUGUCUUAAAGCCACCCAGUUGGUGGCCAGCACUACCUCCUGUGGAAGGGAGUUCCACAGUUUGUGCUCCAUAAAAGCUAACGUGGUCUAGUGGACAGAGGUCUGGGUUCAUUCCACCUCCAUGUUCAGUGCUCUCUCUGCUUUGGUUCUUGCAGUAGCAGUGACCUAAUUCAUAAGGUUAAUGGGGAAAUAGUAAAACCUUUACUGUUGGAAUUUGUCAGUUUCCCCCAUAUAUUGAACAAGUUUUCAUUAGUAGGUUGGCCUACUCUGCAUGGAGAGAAUAUUAUCUAUAGCCCCCCCCCCCCCACACGAAUGAUGGUUUGAGCUACAGCUGGUGUCAGCUCAAUGGUCAGGGAUGCUGGAAGUUGCAGUCCAAAGUAUCUGUAAAGCAUUAGCUUUGGGAAAGCGUGCUGCAUAUCGACUGAUUUUAUCAACGUUGCUGUUUGUGUCUACAAUGACUUGGAGAGUUCUUCCUUCUAAAAGGUUGGUUUGUUUUUCCCUCCCAGUUCAUUGCAUGGCGUAAAGACUUUCACCAAUUUAAGCCAUUCCAAACUUUCGAGGCAGAACAGCAAUGGAGACCAGAAAAACAAGCCCAGUGAGCACGUCAUAGAUUGCGGCGACAUCGUCUGGAGUUUGGCCUUUGGAUCUUCCGUGCCUGAAAAGCAGAGCCGGUGUGUGAAUAUAGAAUGGCACCGGUUCAAAUUCGGCCAAGACCAGCUUCUCCUGGCAACGGGCUUAUCCAAUGGUCGUAUCAAAAUAUGGGAUGUCUAUACAGGUAAGGAGCACCCUGGUUGUAGAAAAUAAAUUCAGUUUGCUUUCUUUCUAAGAACCAGGGAAGGGUACCUUAAAAUGUGAUUCUGAUGCCUGAAAGGGCUCCAGUUUUCCCUGCGGACAAUUUCCAAAUUCAUGGAGCGUGGAUCUGUCAACAGCUUUGGGUUGUGGCAGAUAAAUAGAACUUCCGGGUUUGGAGUCAUGAUGGAUCUGAGAAAUGAAGGGGCAGGUUGCUGCCAUGAUGACAUAAAACCUCCCUUUUGAUUUCAUCAGAAGGAUUUCCCCCUCCUAGCCUAAUAGCCACACAGGCGGAGAGGGUGCAGGACUGAUGGAGUGGCCUGGCACACCUGGCCUACAGGUCUGUGGUUGUGUUCAUCCCCAAUGACUCUGAACUUUCCUUGAAUUAGGCUGGGGAAGUAUUGGCCCAUAAGCCACUCUUGGCUGGCCGGGGGAUCCAAAUUGACAGCCCACGAUGCUGUUCCAUCUUGUAUCAUCUGAUGAGUGGGAGGAUGUGGCAAAAUCCUGCCUUGGCUGUGUGCACCUGUCCCCAGCAGAGAAUGGAUGCACAGCCCAACUGAGCAGAUGAUGGGGGGGGAAUAAGUCAUGCUCAGUUUGGCAGGAUCCCAUGAAAAAUGGAUUGCAUCAAAAGUAACUAAAACAGAGGAAGAAAACUGUUUUCGCAGCACCUUGCAGGUGCUUUGAAGUCCUGAUUUCGGUGUGUCCCCAUUCUGCUGUCAAAGUCUUGAUAAUUAUCUGAUCCAUAGAGUCGAAAAAUGACGGGCUUAAGUGUUGAGCUAGACAAAUUCUUGGUCUUAACGUUGCACACAUUUUGCACCAGUCAUUAGCGAGAUAAUUUGGGGGUUUGUGGUUGCGGUUGCUUUUUUAUUAGUUGUUGUCCUCUCUGUUCCCUUUUAUAUGAAUUUCUCUGAUCGCUGGAGACUGUCUUUACAGUGGCAGUUUUCACCCAGUUAGCUUCUGGUCUGGGUGAAAAAUCUGUACCUUUAGAACGGAAAUUGUAACGAUGCACUGCGUAGGACAGUGUUUAAAUGUCAAGCAGACUGCCAAGUUCCUUGAGUUUCAAAGUAAAUCUUUGCACUGCUUAGAAGAUAAGCUUUCCUGGCAAGAAGUCUAAAAGCUUAUCCAACAGAUAACGCAAGCAUAUUGGUUUAACUGAAAUAUGUUUGGGAUCAACAAAUAACGUAUUAAAAGUACUGUGUAAGACAGCCUUGCAUUUAAGCACUGGCCUGGUAGCCAUAGACAACAAGGAAUUUGAUAGAAGGCCUGUGGGUGGGUGGAGAAGAGAUGGAUUACACCAUCCUUCCUCUGCCAGCAAGCAAGUAAAAACAUACUUCCAGGCUGGUAACUGUUACUUACAAGACUGGCACAAUAUUUGAUUUAUCAAAGGAUAUGUAUCCUGCCCUUCCACUCCAAAGUGGAUUUGUUUAAACCUGCUUACCUGCAUGUAAUUUGUUUCCCAACAGCCCUAAACGUUAAUAAAUGUAAAAUAACACCCUGUUACUUGCAGAGUACACAUCUGCUGCAGUACACCCUGCACAUUUAAAGCACCCCCCCCCAAGGCUUGGGAACUGUAGUUUUCCCUUCAAAGAGCUAUUUGCAAUUUCUAGUGUCCUUAACAAACUACAGUUCCCAUGGUUCUUGGGGGUGGGUUUUUAAAAAUGUGUGUUGUAUAUGUAGCCCUUGUAACACAUCAAGGCUUUUGUUUGUUUUUAACAAUAGUAAGUAUUUAAAAUGUUAAUACAGAAGGAAGAAUGCCGACUUUUCCUCCAAGAGUUGCAGUAAGAAAAUAAGCCUUUUUCCCUUUGUUCCUGACUUUCCAGGUUUAAUUUUAAAAUAUUUUAUUCCAACAGGAAAGCUCCUCCUUAAUUUAAUGGACCAUACAGAAGUUGUCAGAGACUUAACCUUUGCCCCCGAUGGCAGCCUGAUACUAGUGUCUGCUUCACGAGACAAAACACUAAGAGUAUGGGACCUGAAGGAUGAUGGUAUGUUAUCAGGAACGUUUUGCGUGGCGUAACAAACAACAGGGACAUGAUUUACUGUCUAGCAAUGGAAAGGGACGCGGGUGGCGCUGUGGGUAAAACCUCAGCGCCUAGGACUUGCCGAUCGCAUGGUCGGCGGUUCGAAUCCCCGCGGCGGGGUGAGCGCCCGUCUUUCAGUCCCAGCUCCUGCCCACCUAGCAGUUCGAAAGCACCCCUAAGUGCAAGUAGGUAAAUAGGUACCGCUUUAUAGCGGGAAGGUAAACGGCGUUUCCGUGUGCUGCUCUGGUGCCGGUUCGCCGGAACAGCUUCGUCACGCUGGCCACGUGACCCGGAAGUGUCUGCUGACAGCGCUGGCUCCCGGCCUCUAGAGUGAGAUGAGCGCACAACCCUAGAGUCUGUCAAGACUGGCCUGUACGGGCAGGGGUACCUUUACCUUUAAUGGAAAGCUAUGAUGCAUUAGUAAAAAAAUUUUUUUUGAUGUUUUGAGAUUGUUUUCUUUAUAUACAGCAAGUUCAAAUGGUAUUUGUAGAGAUGUUCCCAGUGUCCCAGAUUUGUCUGUCUAUAAUAUCUGCCGGCCUUCCAAAAUUCUCCUCGCAGAUAAGCAUGCACACAUUAGAUCUAAAUUCUUGACUAGAAACUAGGCUUGCGAACCACACCUUGAUCCUUGUUUGCAAACCAGAAUUCUAGCUGGGGUUUUAGAGUUUCUCAUUUUGGAUAGAGCAGCUUUUAUUUUUGUUAAGUAGUGUGUGUGUAUGUGUAUGUGUGUAUGUAUAGAGCACAGAUACUCUCCAGCAUUUUGACUUCACUCCCAAAGGCACUCUCCUCUAUUGUCUCUUGAGACAGACAGAUGUCAACAGCAGCAGCACAGAUAAAUCAUGGACUCAAGCUGUUUAGGGCUUUGGCAGGUUCUCUGAAGGACUGCCUUCAUCCAAUCCUGCCUUCAAGCUUAGCUCUACCGCAAGGGCCAGAUCAGCUAGGCUGGCAUGCAUAAGAGACCAAGCCUUCUUGGUGGUGGCUCCCAAAACAGUAGACUUCCCUUUAGUGGCCUUGUGUCUUCAGCUCUUGCAUUUAGGCAGACCUUGAAGAUCUUCCUCUUCGUGGCAGCCUUUCCCUGAUUCCGAAAGAAGCUUGCAUCUCCAAAACUAACCUGUACAUGUGUUCUGCUGUGACUCUUUUCCUUCUGCACUUCCUUCUGUACCUAUUGGGGGAAGGACCAUGGUUAGAGCAUCUGCUUUGAGUGCAGAAUGUCCAAGGCUCGAUCUACAGGUAGGGCUGGGGGUGUCCCCAGUCUCAAACGUUGGCGUUUUAAUGUAGACAACACUGAGCUUGAUGGACCAGUGGCUUCCUUUGUACUUUGCUUUGUGAGGCUGUAGCUCUUGGAAGCACCUCAAAUUAUUUCAAGUGAAAUAUGAGUGUUUGAUACUAAACUGGCUUUAUUCCCUUCCCUUCCAUUUUCCAGGAAAUAUGAUGAAAAUAUUAAGAGGGCACCCAAACUGGGUCUAUAGCUGUGCUUUCUCUCCAGAUUCUUCCAUUCUCUGCUCUGUGGGGGCCAGUAAAGCAGUAAGUAUCAAAGUUUCAUGUUCUUCAACCUGUCUUUGAUUGUGAGCAAAGAAUUAUCUUGAAUCUUAAGAAUAUAGCCAGCUUGUGCUCUGUGUCAUGCUGGAUGAUGAUGAUUUAAGGAAUUGCAUGACAAAAACAUUUGUAGUAAAUUGGCACCAGGCUUUCGUUCGGUUAUCAUUUACUGAGCUGAACUUUUUAUUGCUUUUAGUCUCAAUAAAGUUGAGGAAUCUUGCAAAGUAGCCAUGCAUAUCUCCAUCUGUUCCAUGACUUAAAAGAGAGAGAGAGGGCACAAACGUUUUGCUUAAGAAAGGAAUAGUUUUAGAGUAAUACUUUGUGACUCCUGAUAUUCUGUUGUCACGCUCAUUUGAAAGAUUACUUUUCCAAAGCCUGGGCUGCUGAUCUUACUUGACAGUAAAAUGUCAUUCUUGGACAGUUUCCAACAAACUGCCCUUGAGCUCUCAGUGCUUUGGAAAGGAUGAGCAGUGAGUUUUGCAUCAAACUGCGUUGUGCUGCCGUACUUGCAAAAUGCAACACAGGGCAGUCAAAGAACAUAGAGUGAGCUGCUGCUUUGUAUAAAGCAGGAACAAGGCACCUGUCGCCCCCCCAGGUGUUGUGGGGCUAUAGCUCCCAUCAUCCCCAACCACUGGUCUUGGGGGGGGGGGGAUAAGGAAUGGCCAAUGCUGCUAAGAGCGAGAGCCCAACAACAUUUGGGAGGCUGAAGGUUCCCAUCCCUGAUAUAAAAGUCUAGAAUAGUGCUAAGUCUAUAAAGUUGCAGUCCAAGACAUGCUUAUUUGAGAGCAAGCCUGCACUGAAUUACUUUCGAAUAAGCAUGCUGGGAUUUGAGUUGUGUAUCUUCUGUUCAGUUUAAUAUUAGAAAACUCCAGGUAGGGGUAAUAGAAGGGUGGACAACUUGUAUCGCCUGAAGCGUGAGGACUGGAGGUUUGUUAGAAUCUGGAACCCUUAAAUCCCAUUUUAGGAGUUAAGUUUCUAGUCCACAUGUUGGGCAGAAAUUCUGAAAGUAUAAAAUUUACGUUUUUUUCAGAAGUUAGGCCUGAGUUGACUUAUUACAACCCAGAGCCACCAGUUGCGAAAUCAAAUGUCACAGAAUAAAUUCACCAGCUGCCAAUUGUAAUGUUUUGUCACAUGGAUUAAAAUGCCGGUGCUGCUCUUUAUCAACUACCCACCCCUGAGACGGCCUUCGAGGUCGAACAAGUUGUCCAUCCUCCGGGCUAGUAAAAAUUGUGGCUUUCAAAGUUAGCAGCUUGAAGGUUAGCAGAGAGAUAGUGUCAUUUGAAAAAGAAAUAUAAAGAAAAGCCUAUUGUGAUUAUUAUUAUUAUUAUUACUAUUACUAUUAUUAUUAUUUUAAAAAAGGAAGCCUAGAUAAGAAAGACUUAUCGGUAAAGCCCUUUAAAAUAGAACAGAUGUAGAUGUAUGCAUUGAACUUUUUUUUAGGCUGUGUGUUUUCCAUAAGCUUCUUGCUUUCCCUGUCACAGGUGGUGGCAGCAAUAUUGGUGUGAUUGAGGGUAAGCUGGCACCACUCAGACAAGCGCACAUUGGUGUUAGCUGGGCAGAAACAGUGGCAUCUCUGGCCACCAGGCUGGAGGCGAACUUUACCAUAGGACGAAGUAACCUUGCAUUCGACUGCAGGGUGUACUGUACGUACGCAGGUGCUGGUUGAUGUCCACUUUCUGCUUCCCCCUCCCCCUUUCUUUUCCUUUUUAUUUUAUUUUAACGUUGGUAAAGAGAUCCUCUGGCUCCUCUUAAAAUUUUAACAAUAGAUAUUUCCAAUUCCUAUGGAAUUCUGGAGUCUCUUAAUAAAACUGAGCCGGUCCCUCGUCGCUUACUGUGACGGACUUAGUAACGAAGUUUCAGUACAGUACAGCAGUGGCGUCACUAAUUAAUAUAUUUAUUUACACCCUGCCUUAGUUCCCCACCCCCUGGACCAGUUUUAUGUUUAUUAUCUCUGCCUGUUCCUAAAGUUCAGGGUGGCUCAACAAUUUUGCAUACAUACAUAAUAUAUUAUUUAAAAAACGAAAAAAUAUUCUAUUCCGUAAAAAGGCUAAAAAUUAUAUGCCAACCUGUUUUUGUAGCCACAAACCUUUGCUAGCUUGUUGAUUGUAUUACACUGAACUUUGUAGUGCAAUUUUAAGAUCUAAAUUUUCCUGCACAUGCUUAAACUUACUGACUACAGUAUUAAGUAUACAACUGCAUGUGAAGUGUGCUAAGCCGUGCCUGUUUGUGUAAACUGCUAAUUACUGAGACCUUUUUAAAUUAUUAUUUUUAAAAAAAAAAAAUCUUGGCAAAUAGCAGUGCUUGAUUUUUAUUUUUGUUCUUUUUCUUAAAAAAAAUUAAGCUUAAAAUGUGUAAUAUAAUAAACUUGGUUUAAUUUCUGGGUUUUUUUGCCAAAGUCAUGUCGUUUGGCUGUGACAAUUCCUUUUUUGCUUGCAGUAUCUGUUUCUCUUCCUAGGCUGACGUUGGUGAUCCAAGCCUAUUGUAAACAAGUGAUCUUAAACUCACAGGGGAUUCCACGGGAGUAACCAUAUGUUAACCUUACUUUUUUUUCUGUCUGUAUAUUUCUUAAAAUUUUGUUAGUUAAUUGGAAAGGGGGGGGCGGAUGUUAGUACUUAACCCAGCUACUGUAUACAUAUCUAUAUAUUCUUUUACUUAAAACAGUUAAAGUAAUAACAUGGGAUUCAGUAAAACCACCAUUGUUGAUGUAAACGUUUUAAUUUUUUGGCUUAUUUUUAUAAAUAACACUUAAUAUGCAUGUUUGCUUUAAUUUAAAUAAUUCUGAGUAUGGCACUGAGCAUUUUCCGUAAUUGUAGUAAUUCUUAAUGCUUGGCUUUAGUUGUAAUCCUCAGUAAAACUAGCAGAAAACGUAGUUUUGCAGGGAGCGGGGUGGUGGGAACAUGUUGGUGAAAUGUCCCCUCUGUGCCUGGGCAUCGCUAUAACAUGAGCUUGUUUUGAUUGCAGGUGUUGCUUUGGGAUAUGGAUAAGUACACUCUCAUCCGAAAACUGGAAGGGCACCACAACGAUGUUGUAGCCUGCGAGUUUUCUCCUGACGGAGCUUUACUGGCUACGGCAUCUCAUGACACCCGUGUUUGUGUCUGGGACCCGCACACUGGAGCUGUUCUGAUGGAGUUUGGGUGAGUGAGUUGGGUGGGGUGGGCACAGGAAUAAUCUUAAAAACUUGCCCACCUUUGGCAUUCUUUAUUUUACAAGGGCAGCCUCUGCUUAGAUUUGUACCAGGUUAAGAAGAAUCGGACGAAGCCAGGAGCCGGUGUUGUUCAUCGGACAGCUCUCGGCUGGGAGGGAGGACUGGGUUCAGGUCCCACCUCAGCCAGAAAUGCGUUCAGUGGCUUACUUUAGAGAAGCGACUCCAGUUCUCCAGGUGUGAAAUAGGGAUUAGUGAAUAGCAAAAUAGAAACUUGGGGACCCCAGUUCACUAGUAGAGAACACGCUCUGCUGGCACACAUUAAGAAUGGAGUGUCAGGCGGGGUACAAGGCUUGAAAGACUCUUCUGCUUGGAGGCCCCAGAGACCACGGCUAAUCACUGAAGAUUCACCAACUGGUGCCCACCAGACGCUUCGACUCCCAUCGGCCCCAGCCAGCAUGACCAACAAAUCGGGGACGAUGGGAGUUGGAUGUUCAGCAACAUCUAGAGGGCACCAGGUUGGGUAAAGCUGGUAACUGUUUUUAUUUCAUAAAAGUUGCGCACUGCUUGAUUGGUUUUUGUGUGUGUGUUUUAACUCCUCAAAGCAGUUGACAUACCUUCAUGCCCGUACGUGUGUGUGUGUGUGUGUGUGUGUGUGUGUGUGUGUGUAUGCGCAAGCCAUGGUUCUCUUGGCUUAACUAUGGCUUGUUUGUAUAUUCAGACCCACCCCAGUCAGCUAGCUUAUGGUCAGUUUGUGGCAACAGAGCAGAAUGUGGAACUGACUUGCAUCUAAUGUUAGUCUUUCUUGGGAGCAGACACAUUGAAAUUAAAGGACAUGAGUAACUUAGAUCUGUUAACUUCAAACUUAGAUCCAUUAAUGUAUGAAGGCUGUGUGUGCCCGCCUUCCAUUCCAAAUGCAUGGCUUCCCUCAAAGAAUCCUGGGAGCUGUAGUUUAUCCCCUCACAGAGUUAGAAUUCCCAGCACUCUUAGCCAACUACAAUUCCCAUAAUUCUUUGUCCCUUAAAUACGUGGAGCGUACACAGCCUUAGUCCUGGCAAGCCCUGUUGAGUGGCUUUUGGUUAAUGAUUAAACGCAGAGCAAAUGUCCCGUGAACCAAAGUUCUUAAUUUCAUCCUCAGGCAUCUGUUUCCCGCACCGACUCCAAUAUUUGCUGGGGGAGCAAAUGACCGCUGGGUCAGAUCUGUAUCUUUUAGCCACGACGGACUGCAUAUUGCGAGUCUUGCCGAUGAUAAGUAAGUAUGGCAAAGCACGGCUUGGUUCCGCUGGUUCUUGCUGGCUGGGAAAUGAACUUUUGUGCAGUGUCUUUGAGGGUGAGGGAAGCUUUCCCCCUCGCGGAUGACCGGCGCUUGAAUUAGGCAGAUAAGGGGAAAUUGGCCAGAAUUAUUUACCUACGCAACCCAAGGGUCUUCAAAGCGCCCCACAAGCACACAAUUUUAAAACGCAGUUGAAUGCAAUAAUCAGAUGAGCUGCACAAUGAAACAGCACAGUCAGCAGGAGAGAAGAUGAAACUUUAAACUCAAAUUAGAAUGAUUAGGUGGUGUUGCCUUGCUGGUGAUUAUGGAAUCCUCAGCUGACUUGGCCCAGUGAUCAGGGUAAUGGAAGUAGCAGCUCAGAAUACCUGGAGGUCACAAAUUGGAAGAGUGGUGUCUGUAAUAACUCGUGGGCAGAUAAAUAAGAGCCAUGGAACCUCAGAUUGUCUGCUCAGCCACAUAAAGCCCGCAGCAAGAAAGAAACUGGGGCAGAAGCUAGAGUCACGACUUCAUCUGAAGUUAAUUGAGCAGUUUCUCAAUAUUGAACAGUUGUCUGGCAAGUUAGAACCUGCUCCUAUGUAAACAGUCAUUAUGCGAUAGGAGACAAUCUGACAGCUGGGCAUGUGGCUUUCCGGCACCUUUGUCGAGGGGUUGCUGAAAAGUGCCCUGUCACAAGACGCAGGAGUGGGCUCACUUGCGCAAGCAAGCUUCCUUCUAAAACCUUUCUGCAACAUUCCUGGAGACCUGACACAUUUUAUCAUUGAGGUAUUUAGACCUUUGGUCUGAAUUUCCUUGAGCAACGGGGAGGGAGAGUAUUGCUCUGACACGUGGCAGAAUGAGGAGGAAGAAUACCGGGGCUGUAUCGUGGUAUAUACCAUUUCAGACUGCAUUUAGGGGAUCCCUACAUUGCCUUCCGUUAUAUGACAUUAACCAUGGGCUUGCUCACUUGCAGUGGAUUCAGUCACUCAGGACACACAGUUCUUCCUCACCUGAUCCAUGCAGAUCCAGGGGGUGGGUGUCAUCAUCCCCAACCCACCUCUUCACACAUAAUCGGUGAGGAUCAAGGAGGAGGAAAAUCUUACCUCCCCCAUUCCUUUUCCUCACUGGUGCCAAAAUCAGCAGGUUGGGUGGAUACAGGGGUGCUUAUCCAUCCCCUAGGCCAGGGAUUAACUAUUCUUCCUUAGAAAUGAAUUGAAGGCGUCCUAAACUUUGUGGCUUUCCUAAGGCCCUGCCAGUGAGGUCAUGCUUGGGUUGAGUCCAAGCACACCCAACGCGGGAGGCCUGGCUGGAUCUCCCAAGUGCAUUUUCUCCCCCUUUAAACUACAGGCAGCUUCAACUUCAAUUCCAGCUGUUGUGCAGAGGCUGGGGUGUCUAACCUCUUCCCCGUUGCUAUUUCAAGCUUUAGGUCUCCAAGCUGCAGCACGCACCCCCCACCCUUCCUCCCCAGUAUUGGCACAAUAUUUUCCUGGUCUUUCAGCAGCUUGACAGGAGGUCAAGAAAACCGGAGGAGGACUGGCAGUGGGGAGAGGAAAACUUAAAACGCCCAUAUUCCCAGAUCAAAAUCCCGCCAUUUAAAAGAUUAAAAAGGUGGGGGAAAGUGAUCCAGUUUUGUAUUGCCUGCAUCACAUAUGAUUGAAGGGCCUGUACGGUUCCCAGCUAACUGCUUGGGCUGUCAGCCAACAGUGCUGCAUCAGCUCUUUGCUGCGGCACUUGCAAACCACCAGGACCUUCAGUUUUCAGUCCAGAAUGCCCUGGAUUUAUUUUGGACCAACGGCUAGAAUGUGCAUGUCGCCUUAGGCCUCGCAUCAGUCCCUGCUCCUCUUGCUGGCGCUGCAGUGAGACGGCUUCGUUAAUUUGCUCAUCUUCAUCGUCCCUCUCUUCCUCCCUAGAUGUCUUCAGCAACCAACGGAGCUGCAUCAGCUUCCAGCUGUUGCUCAAAUUAAGCAUAAAGUUUAGCAGUGAUGAUAAAAUAGAGGCUGUCAACUUAACCUGUUUGCUCUCUUUUCAGGAUGGUGCGGUUCUGGAGAAUUGACGAAGACCACCCUGUCCAGGUUGCACCUCUGAACAAUGGGCUUUGCUGUGCCUUUUCUACUGAUGGCAGUGUUCUAGCUGCUGGGUAAGCAGACCUCAAAGUAAUAAUAAUAAUAACAAUCGCAAAACAUGCAUACUCCACUGGCAAGGCAGUUUCUUAAAAGCCAAGUGGAUAUUUUAAAAGAAAACCUCUCUGGUGUUAUUUAUAUAUAAAUAUAUGCACUGGGGCCUGUUUCUCUAGUUGCUGCUUGGAAGUAACUACUUAAAGCAGUCGCCAUCAAUGCUGCUUGAUAGAUAAUCCUCGAAUAAAGAAAUGUGUGAGCCUUUGAUGGCAGUAAAUGGUUUUGAUCUGGAAAGUUUCCUCCUUCUGACGGAAGGGCUUUUUUUCUGUUGAAGGAAGAGAACCUUUUGACCCCACUCAAAUUGUCUACAGCUAUUGUCAAUCUGGCACACCAUCCAGAUGUUGUUGGACAGGGGCCAGCAAACUUUUUCAGCAGGGGGCCGGUCCACUCUCCCUUGUGGGGGGCCGGACUAUAUUUUUUGGGGGGAACGAAUUCCUAUGCCCCACAAAUAACCCAGGGAUGCAUUUUAAAAUAAAAGCACACAUUCUACUCAUGUAAAAACAUGCUGAUUCCUGGAACGUCCGCGGUCCGGAUUCAGAAGGCAAUUGGGCUGGAUCCGGCCCCUGGGCCUUAGUUUGCCUACGUAUGUUAUUGGACAUGGGGCAGCAGGUUGGCAGGGCUGGUUCUAGACCAGUGUUUCCCAAACUUCAGCUGUUUUUGAACUGCAAUUUCCCUCAUCUCUAACCACUUGUCCUGCUAGCCAGGGAUGAUGAGGACUGAAUCACAUGGCGCGUUGGGGGAGCCUAACAGACUUCCAUGUUUUAUUUUGCUUUUGCCUGCAGGACGCAAGACGGAAGUGUGUACUUCUGGGCCACUCCCAGGCGUGUUGCCAACCUCCAGCACUUGUGCCGCAUGGCCAUCCGGCGAGUGAUGCCCACCAGCCAGGUGCAGAAUCUGCCUGUCCCUCCCACAAUUGUGGCUUUCCUUUCCUACCGGAUUUAGAAAGUAAAUUGGAAAAGGGGAGGAGGAGAGCAGUCUGUCUGGCAUGUGGGCGAAAGAGAACCUCAAGCUUUUCGUAAGCCUUUUUGAGCUGAACACUUCACAUGUUUCGGUCGUUAUUUUUCCUUAAGAAUAAAGAAGGGGAGUUUCCUUAAAGACGGUAUUUAUAGAGAAGAUCAGUAGAGGUGUUUCUGAAAGCGCCAGACUUUUCUAAAGAAAUUCUAACUGUGAAAAUCUGUAAAUAAUUAGAUGUUAGCUGCUAUGUAUUACCCGUGUAUAUCAUUUGUGAUUGCUUUUUUAAUGUAGAAUAUAGCAUGUAUAUAGGUAUGUGUGUUUGUGUGUGUAUGAUACAUAUAUACGCGUGCACACAAACACACACAGAUAUAUAUAUAGAUUCUGGAGCCACAAGCUGUAUUGGUGCUGUGUAUAGAGUGGUGUUUGUGGCUCAGGGAUAGGAAAACAAAAUUUAGUGGCUUCUGUAUGUUGUGCAUUUUUGGCAGGGGGCUCUCAAAAUGGGGCCCUGGGUUGUGUACAUCUUGUGUAGCAGAAGGAGUGAAUUUCCUUGAGGCCCACAGCACGGGAGAGGAAGAAAGCUUGAUUUACCAGACACGUGUCAUCUUCAGGGAGGCCUUAAUUUUGCCACAAAUUGAAUGGUGAGUGUCCAGGAUCGCUUGGGAGUCCUUAAACCUUUGAAAUCCAGCUACUGUAUUAAAUCCUGGCAACUUCUCUAUCAGAUGUGACUUCUUCACAGGCUCAGGGUUCCCACCCUCCACCCCCCCAACACUUCAGUCAACCUUUGUCAUUUAAAGGGGGUGAUAACUGGGUGAACUACCAAAGACAUGAAACCAUUCUUGUUUUCAUAUGCUUUUGCCUUCUGUUCAUCUGGACUUGCAGAUACAAAGAAUGUAUGCAUUGCAUAAAAUGCCUGAUUAUAUAUAUUUCUUCUUUUUUUGUAUUAAAAAGUUGUUACAAAAAAAAUACACCACCCUACAGAGUUUUG